AUAUUUGAAAGUUGCUGAGAGUAGAUCUUAAAUGUCUCAUCACAGGACCAGGAAUGCCCAAAGCACUGUAGGGGAGAUGAAGCUGGAGGUGGACAAGAUAUUUCCCAAGGGCAUGGGGCCAUACAUGGACCUGGAUGAGACAGAAGGCAGCACUGGGCUCCUGAUGAACUUGGUAGUCAAUGAAAAGGCAGUCCAUGCAGACUUUUUAAAGGAUUUUGUAGAUCUCUUUGAUAAUGAUGAUAUCCAGUGA